GCACAGUGUGGUGCAUGUUUAGGGUCAUUUGGAGAUAACUGCUGCUCUGGGAGAAGGGUUGACAGUGAAAUACUCUCGGGCAAGAGCAACUUUCUGAGCUGAGGUCUUGCUCUUGAUUUCUAGGCUCCCAUGCCACAACAAAACCUGGCUCAGCAGAGACUUUUGAUCAAGGGGGGAAAAGUUGUGAAUGAUGACCUCUCUGUGGUGGCUGAUGUGUAUGUGGAAGAUGGAGUGGUGCAGCAAGUGGGGCCAAACCUAAACCCUGAGCCAACGACUGGACUUGUUGUGCUGGACGCAACCAACAAGCUGGUGAUCCCUGGUGGCAUUGAUACUCAUACGCACAUGGAGUUUCCUUUUAUGGGUAGCAAGUCAAAAGAUGACUUCUAUACAGGAACCAAGGCUGCUAUAGCAGGAGGAACCACUAUGAUCAUUGACUUUGCAGUCCCUCAGAAGGGCUGUUCUCUCAUUGAAGCCUUUGAUACAUGGAGAAGUUGGGCAGACCCUAAAGUCUGUUGUGAUUAUGGCCUGCAUGUGGCAGUUACGUGGUGGAGCAACCAGGUGAAGGAAGAAAUGAAAAGUCUUGUUCAAAACAAAGGUGUCAACUCCUUCAAGAUGUUUAUGGCCUAUAAAGAUGUAUAUAUGGUCAAUGAUGAGGAGUUAUACACGGCCUUUUCCUGCUGUAAGGAACUUGGAGCAGUUGCUCAAGUCCAUGCAGAGAAUGGGGAGCUCAUUGAACAGGGUGCAAAGAAGUUGCUGGCAAUGGGAAUAACUGGCCCUGAGGGGCAUGAGCUGUGUCGUCCUGAAGAAGUGGAAGCUGAAGCUACACAAAGAGCAAUUACCAUAGCAAAUGCUGUAAACUGCCCCCUCUAUGUAGUCCAUGUAAUGAGUAAAUCUGCAGCAAGGGUGAUAAGUGAAGCCCGAAGACAAGGAAAGGUGGUUUAUGGGGAGCCUAUUGCUGCUGGUCUUGGAGCUGAUGGCACCAACUACUGGAAUAAAGACUGGGCUCAUGCUGCAGCAUAUGUCAUGGCACCUCCACUGAGACCAGAUCCAUCUACUCCUGGUUUCCUCAUGAACUUACUGGCCAACGAUGACCUAUCUGUGACAGGGACUGACAAUUGCACCUUUGACAUAUGCCAGAAAGCUCUGGGGAAGGAUGACUUCACAAAAAUCCCUAAUGGAGUGAAUGGUGUGGAAGACAGGAUGUCAGUUAUAUGGGAAAAAGGCGUUUACAGUGGAACAAUGGAUGAAAACAGAUUUGUAGCUGUUACCAGCACAAAUGCAGCAAAAAUCUUUAACCUUUACCCAAAGAAGGGGAGAAUUGCUGUGGGUUCUGAUGCUGACAUCGUAGUUUGGGAUCCCAAAGCUACAAGGACAAUAUCUGCAAAGACACAUCACCAUGCCAACAACUUUAAUAUAUUUGAAGGAAUGGUCUGCCAUGGAGUCCCAGUUGCGACAGUUUCAAGAGGCAAAGUGGUUUAUGAAGGCGGAACUUUCAAUGUCACAGCAGGAGAAGGCAAAUAUGUCUCCCGUCCACCAUUCCCUCCAUAUGUCUACAAACGAAUCAGGCAGCGGGAGCAGGUCUGUCAGCCUGUUCCUGUUAAGAGAGAACCAUAUACAGGCGUGUUUGAGGAAACAUCUGUCACACCAAAAUAAUAGGCUCAUUCCCCAGUUCCGGCUCUUGCAGAUAAAAGCAAAUGAAAAUGACCCUGCUGUCUCCACCAAAGCAGUGCAUUCUGGAUCCAACAAUCAAUCAACAGACAUCUUUCUCAAGAGCCAACAUGAAACAACAGUAACCAAUAAACAUUAUACUAAGCUUCCUGCAUAAA